AUGACUAUUGCUGACACUUUUAGACUGUUUAUUUUAAGACAUGGUCAAAGUGAAUUGAACUCAGAGAAUAUAUUCUGUGGAUGGAUAGACGCCAAAUUGACGGAAAAAGGCAAAUCGCAGGCUUGCCACUCUGCAAAUUUGAUUAAACAGUAUUGCGAGUCGAAUAAUAUCUCUUUGCCCCAAAUUGGCUAUACCUCAAGAUUGGUCCGAACUCAGCAGACCAUGGACGUUAUUUUUAAAGAGUUAGGGUUGGGUCACGAAAAUCACGUAAUCACUAUAGACACAGUCAUUAAUGGAGAACUGCACGACAUAGGAUUGGAAGGACAGAUACCUGUGUUACAAACUUGGAGAUUAAAUGAACGUCAUUAUGGCUCAUGGCAAGGACAGAGAAAGCCGAACGUCUUGAAAGAAUACGGAAAGGAAAAAUAUAUGUACAUUAGAAGAGAUUACAAUGGCAAACCACCUAAGGUUGAUUUAAAUCUGGAAAUGAUCCAAGAGGAGAAUGAUCAAGGUUCCUCCACAGGUUAUGAUUUCAAAGAACCCAAUAGACACCUAAAAUACGGCUUAGAAGAAAAAGCUAAUGAGCGCCUACCAGAGAGCGAAUCUCUUUGUGAAGUGGUCACCAGAUUGAAACCAUUUUUGGAUGCCACUAUUCUAUCUAUUGCCAAAAAAAUCAAUCAAGAAUCAUGCGUCAUAGUGGGGCAUGGUAGUUCCGUGAGAUCAUUGUUGAAGAUCUUGGAAGGUAUCUCUGACGAGGAUAUCAAAGAUGUCGAUAUCCCCAACGGUAUUCCGUUAGUUAUAGAGUUGAAUAGAGACAAUUUCCAAUUUGUGAGAAAAUUUUACUUGGAUCCAGAAUCAGCUAAAGUCAACGCUCAAAUGGUUCGUGAUGAAGGUUUCGAAAAAAAUUCAUGA